AUGAACGUAGAACUAGAAGUAGAGAUAGUCUAAAUUGCUAGUGAAAAGAGAGUGCAUUCACUAGAACGUCAGUUGACGGACGUGUGUAAGGUAAAUAAAAGGUUGACCGAGACACUGACACGUUCAGAGAUAGAGCAAGCAGAAGAGAUGAGCAAAGUGUGGAGGGAAAAAAUGUGCUUGGAGAGGAGGCUAGAAAGAGUAGUUGAGGAAAAGGAGGCACUGCUAGAAAAUUCAAAACUGAGAGAUAGUUGCUUUGCACCCAGAAAUGUGAAUAAGAAAUUAGCUAGGAGAGAUACCAAGAUAGAAGUGCAGUCUGCGAAAAUAGUCCGACAAGAGAAAAUGCUGAGCGGUGUGGAAGGAUGUAGUGAUAGAGAAACAAAAGAUUCUGUCACAUUCGAGGAAUUGUUAAAGCAUGCAGAUGAUACUUGUAGUAAGCUAACCAGUAAAAUCGAAGAAAUAGAGCAAUCAAGAGCCAGGCAGUAUAGUAAGGUAGCUUACUGGAAGAACCGUGCAGGGCCAAGCAAGGAACCAUUCUCAGCACAACAUGUCGCAUGCUUAGAUGAAAUUGAACAACUAAAGAAAAGUGUAUAUGAUGCAUUAGUUAAUAAUAAUCAGCUUGUAUCGUACAUUGCACAAAUGCAAGGGGAAAAAGAGACAGAGUUCUUCAGUGAUGGCAGGUAUAAUUCAGUCGUCCAUGAGGUAUACCAGACUCUCGUAUCGUUAAACGUUGGCACGCAAAAUUGUGAAGCUGUUGUUAGGGUAGUUCUAAAUAGGCUAGCCGGUCUAAAGGUAGGGAGACUACCAGCAAAAGAUUUUGCAAGAGCUGUAGCUGUAGAGGCAAGAAUUCUUUCACAGGCUCAGGUGUUAGAGGCUCUAGAAAAUGAUGAAUUCGCAACAUUAGGUGGGGAUGGGACUAGUAAGAAGGGUAAACAUUAUGGGGCAUUUGACAUUCAUACAAGUGAGGGGGCAACAUUAAAUUUAGGGUUAAGAGAUAUGGCAGAAGGGGAUGCUGGAAGCUACUUUGAAAUUUUGCAGGCACUACUGAAGGAUUUGGCUAAACUAAAAAGUAAUGAUGAGGUGGAACAAAAUGGAUGGGCAAAUAAAUUGCUAGUAAAUAUCAAGAACACAAUGAAUGAUAGACACAUUGUCAAUAAGAAAUUAAACAAGAUAAUCGAGGAGUAUAGGGAUUCUGUAUUACCAGACAUAAUAGAGGGAUACAGUGAAAUGACAGAAGAUAAAAAAACAGCAUGUGCCAAACUUAAUCAGUUCUACUGUGGAAUGCAUCUUAUAGUUAAUUUUGCAACACAAGCUAAUGCAGCCCUAGGUGUUUGGGAACGUUGUGUUUUAGGGGAAAGUUUCAAACUGGUAGGCUGUGCUAGUGUAGGAGCAAGGUCUAAGGCAGGGGAGUCAGGAGCAGGUAGAUUGAUAAGAACGGCAUGUAAGGCAGUGGGACCGCAGGCGUGUGAGAAGUCUGGUAGAGAGCAAGUCUUUAAAACUGAGGUGAGAGCGAAGCUUGGGCAUGCAGACAUUCCACUAGCACCCUUUAGAGGCAACAGAGUAAACGUUUUGUUCUAUAAUGGAGGGGGGCUAUACCACUUGAUAAAAGAACUGAAUGAAUUCUUCACUAACCAUAAAGAAAAUAAAUUAUUACAGGCUGUUGGAGCAGAUUUAGGUGUGCCUGCAUUUGUAUCUGGAUGUAGAGCUUUAGGAAUUGUGGAGAAAUUAAUUACCAGCCCCUUAUGGAGAAAAAUUAGUGUAGUAGAUCACAUCUAUGAUAUGAAUCAAGCUUAUCAACAACUUAAGGUGUGCUUAGAGAAGUGGACAAAUGAU